AUGCCUCUGCCACUUUCGGGAAUCGUUGUACUUGAGUUAGGAGGGCUUGCUCCAGCACCUUUUGCAGGCAUGAUCCUCUCGGAUUUUGGUGCUAGUGUGAUUCGUAUUGACCGCACAAACGGUCGAAGCACUGACAUUUUGGCAAGAAACAAACGGUCCAUCUCCUUGAAUCUUAAAAAUCCUACAGCCAUUGCAACACUACGCGAGAUGACAAAGAAGGCAGAUGUUUUGCUUGAUCCUUUUCGACCUGGCGUGCUCGAGAAGCUCGGCUUAGGCCCUGAUGUAUUACUUAAAGACAACCCACGUCUCAUUAUUGCUCGUAUCAGUGGUUUUGGUCCUUCAGGUCCUGCAUCGAAAGCAGCUGGUCAUGAUAUCAAUUAUCUUGCCACCGCUGGUGUUUUAGGCAUGAUUGGGCAAGAAGGUGAUCCACCCGUGUUCCCAUUGAAUGUCUUGGCUGACUUUGCUGGUGGUGGAUUGAUGUGUGCUAUGGGCAUUCUAAUGGCAAUCGUUGAAAGACAAAGGUCUGGUAAGGGACAAGUGGUGGAUGCCAACCUGACAAGCGGAACUUCUUAUUUGACGACAUUCCCUUAUCUCAUGCAACGAUAUGGUUUGAACUUUGCUGAACCACGUGGUAGCAGUAUGCUUGAUGGUGGUGCUCAUUUUUAUCAAUCCUAUAAAACCAAGGACGGGCGUUUCAUGUCUGUUGGUGCUAUUGAACCCCAAUUUUAUGCAGAGCUUAUCAAAGGUCUUGGUCUUAAACUAGAAGAUCUACCCAAUCAACAUGAUAAUGAACAUUGGCCAGCUAUGAAGGAACGUUUUGCAACUAUCUUUGCCAGCAAAACCCAAGCUGAAUGGACCGACAUUUUCGAUGGCACGGAUGCAUGUGUGGCCCCUAUCCUCUCUUUUCGUGAACCCAUCCCCGGUGCAUCUCCUGUAACCCAACAAGAACGUCAAUGGCCACGCCAAGCUGCACCUCCACAACCAGCCCCAGCAUUAUCGAGAACACCAGCACGACCAGCAGACUAUGAAAAUGAUGUACCCUUUUUAACACCUGGUGAACACACUUGUGAGAUCCUGACACAAUUUGGUUUCAGCAAGGAUAAGAUCGACCAAUUGCUCCAAUCUGGUGCUGCUAUGGAUGCAUCAUCACCAAAAGCCAAUUUGUAA